UCCGCAAAUCGACCAGUGUGUUUGGUUUCCCUAGAUUUCCUCGGCAUAUCAUUGGAUUUUGAAAAUUUCUCAUGUGAAAUCAGGCACACGAUAUUUUUGAAUGAAAAAAGAGCCUUUCGCAUCCCUUUUGCUUCGUUUCUUGACUAUUUUAAUAUAGUUAAAUUUUUUACUCACUCUAGUCCUCUCAGGCUAAAUUUCCCUUCGUCGCCAUUGUUUGUUGCCCAUAGCAACGGAGAAGGAGGCCGCCAUUCAAUCGCAGUUCGACUUCAACUGGGCUAAGGGUUCAACUUUUUGCUGUUACAAUGGAAAUAUCAGGAAUCAUAAAAAUCUGUCAACCAUCCUAAAAUCAUGAAACCAUGAAGUCGCAUUUUUUGUAAACAGUCUACUCAGUUAAAGUCCCUUCUACAAAGUAAUUUUUUAUUCUCAUCUUGGUAUAGAAAUAGACUAACUUAAAUCUGCUACUGAUACGAAGGAAAGCAUAUCAUGGCUUUGAAUACCGUACCAUCUUUACAGAGUUUAACUGAAGUUAAAGUGGCAUUAGCUGUCUUUAAUGAUGACAUUAUCCACUUCUUGGACGAAUUCAUAAAACUGGGUGACAUAUUCACAUAUAGUGAUUCAUUUCGUAUUAGUAAAAGUCAAAAAGAAAGAAUAAAAGAAAUUGAAAUGAAAUUAUUCACAUAUCUUCCAGAAUCACCCGUGAACCGAGUCAUUUUUAUCUUUCGACCAAUAGUUGGCGAAGUUCAUUUUUGGGUUAGAGACCAUUAUCAUAUCAUCAAACACAUUGAGAAGAGACAUAUCAUGAAUAACUUAUGUUGGAAAAGGGAAGUAACAAUUGACAGAACCAAAACUUCAAAGCAACUCAUUCAAAACGAAAGCAUCAAUAAGAGAGUACGUUUUGCAUUAGCUGCUAUGUAUUUUUAUGAGCGAGAUAUUUUGCAAUUAUGGGAAAGUAUGACAACAAAAGAAAGGAACAACAUUUCUCUCAUCGACUCUGAUCUAGUUGUCAGAAUGUGGACGAAAGGGCUUAGAGAAAAUGCUGCUUCACCUUGGACACAAUGGAUGCCAGAAUACUUAAGUUUUGCCCACCAGGAAUUAAUAACUUCUGGACGCUUAAGUAGUAGUGGACGCAUAAGAAUAAGGUCAUUUUACAGUGUGUUGAACAAAUAUGAUAAAAGAAGAUUCAUACAUAGUUUGUGGCCUUACUAUGCACAUACUCAUGAUUUGCUUGAAUGUUACUAUUUAAGUGAUGAGACUGAACGUGAUGAGAUUUUUCACAAUCCAGACCAUUUCCGUUUUCAAUCAAAAACAAAAAAACUGCUCGGUUUCUAUAUUGAUUGGCCUUUACAAAGGCUUUUCCUAGAUGUGGUAAACCAGAUGUGGGACAGAUUAACUCCUGAAUGUUUUGAACAUUGCUUGUUUUAUAUAGUGCAGCAAAAACUGUCGGAGUCAGUGGAAGAUUUCGAUUACUUGAAACUUUUUAAGGACUUGUGGAAUCUUAUUCCCGAAAGUUACAAAAAAAGAUUUGGCAUACGAACUAGGAAGUUUGCUCCACAAGUGCUGCGUUAUGACAAAAAGGCAAAGACUGUAUCGUUUGAGGAAAUUCUUGAAGGAUAUAAAAACAUAUCAGCAAUGCAAUGCGCGUUUACACACAUGCUCUGAUUGAAGAGAAGAAAAUAUUUACAUGUCUUGUUUUUUAAUGACUGUAUUUGAGAUUAUUAAACGUCGUAGAUACGAAGGAAUUGUUGCCUUAGUUUGAAUUAUAAGAAACUCAUUAAAGCUGGUAUUAAAUGUAUAUUCUUCCAAUUAUAAGUAUAAAAUUGGGUGAAAUAUCAAGAAGAGUCUGAAUAAGACAAGUAAAAUUUAAACUGGCACUUAUUUUAGGAAUAGCAUUUGCAAUAUUGAAAUGGCGUAGCUUAAUUUUAAAUAAUGAAAAAUAUACCAAAGAUUAGAAUAUAAAAAUGAAGAAUUGUUAAAUUAAUACUUUUUGAUAUGUUUUCCCCAUAAUAGAAGUAAGUUAAUAUAAAUUUAAAAAAAAAAUCAAUCUCUAUUCUUUGACAUAAAUCUUAUUCCGUGUACAAUGUAUUGCUUUUUAGAGAAUGAGUUGAUUAUUUUCCCCAAUGUAUCAGGUAUUCAUUAUACUCCUCUUAUAUCACGAGAUUUCCUUAUAAUAUUUUUGUGCAGCGGGUGCUCCCCGAUUGCGGCAAUAAAAUAAAUAAAAUAUUUGAAAUAUGAAGGCAGUUAUUGAUUACUAGUUCGUGAGACAACGUGUUGCUUAUAAGUUUAAAAAACCUGUUACUGGAUUUUUUAAAAUUAAUUUCUACGAUAAAUUUGAUCGGCCAAAUAAUGUAAAACCUAUACGUUUGUUCUGGGAAAUUUUUCCCGAAUUGUACCAGCUAUAACAUCAAUAUUUUCAUUUAAUUC